AUGGUAGUGACCCGGAGUCAGAGCGACGCUGUGGAGCUGGAGGAACAACGCCGCGAGGAAGAGCAACGGCGCGAGACCGAACGUCUCGCCCUCCAACGAAUCGAAGAGGAACGUCAGAGGCGGUUAUCUCAGGCACCCCCCGCCUCACCGACCGUCGCGACGCGCUCAGUCCGCGAACAACCGACGACUAGCGCGACGAUCGAACCCGCGCCCCUCACCGCGGGCGCCCCGCACCUCACCGCGGGCGCCCCGCACCUCACCGCCGGUACCGCGCCCCUCACCGUCGGCACCGCGCCCCGCACCGCCGCCCCCGCUGCGACACGACGCGUUGCAGAUACACUGCGCGGAUCGCUCGCGCCCUCCAUACGUUCGACGAAUGCUACUGCAAGACUACGCUUGGCUGAAUUAGAAGCCGCGGAACAACUGGCGAAGCUUGAACGACGCAAGAUGGAAUUAGAAGCCGAUUUGAUUCGGAAGCGUCUCGCCGUCGAACAAGAGAACAUCCAAGAGGAAGAGAGCGCUCGUCUGCAGGAAGAGGACGUAUGCCUGGGACCCAAUGACCGGGUCGAUGACUGGUUCAUGCGCAUGGACGAGACACGGGACGAAGAACAGAAGCAGACCCGUUUCGAGGAGAGAGCCAGACGCCGCGCGCCGCUACGCUCCUCGCCGACACCUCAACGCGCACCACGUCAUCUCUCACCGUCGCCUGAACGAGCGCGACGCCCCCGACAGUCGCCGGAACGUGUGCGACACCUCUCACCGUCGCCUGAACGAGUGCGACGCCCCCGACAGUCGCCGGAACGUGUGCGACACCUCUCACCGUCGCCUGAACGAGUGCGACGCCCCCGACAGUCGCCGGAACGUGUGCGACACCUCUCACCGUCGCCUGAACGAGUGCGACGCCCCCGACAGUCGCCGGAACGUGUGCGACACUUCUCACCGUCGCCUGAACGAGAGCGACACCCACUACGGUCGCCGGAACGAGACCGACACCCGUCAGCGGAACGAAGACGCCGAACCUCGAACGCGAAGCAAGGCAUCGAGCAAUUGGCAGAGGCACUCGAGCGGAUGGCGCGACCACGCAUCCGGAACGUCGAGCUACCCAUCUUCAGCGGCAACCCGAACGAAUGGCUGCCCUUCAAAGCAACAAUGAGAGAUUCAACACGUCUCUACAAUUUGAGCGCCGCCGAGAACCUACAGCGACUACGGACGUGCCUACGGGGGGAGGCACGCGAAGCCGUGGCGGCACUGCUGUACACCGCAACCGAUCCGAGCGUCAUAAUGAAGACACUGGAACAAUGCUUCGGGCGCCCCGAGGUGCUGAUCGACCGGGCGCUAGAAGAAAUUAGACGACUACCGAGGUUGGGACCGUCUGCGAUAGACCUCAAUAACUUCGCGAUCAAGCUGCGCAAUCAAGUGUGCAUACUGGAGUCCAUCGACAAACGGGGCUUCAUCCACAACCCACUGCUGGCUCGAGAAGUACUUGGCAAGCUCAGCCCGCAUCAUCGGUCACGCUGGUGUGACUACGCAUCUCAACAUGAAGAGGACAACGUUCCCGAGAUCGUCAUGAUGUCCCGAUUCCUGACACACGAGGCGAACUUAGCGAUCUCCUUCAUGUACGCCCCGAGUGCCAGCACCGUCGCCGCUGCUACUGCUCCCGCUGCGAACAGAAGCAAAGAAUUAAAGGCCAGCACGAGUGGAAGAUCAUCAUUGGGAAGAAAACCAGAAGCCAUCUAUAACACGAGCGAGCGAGCCGUCCAGUGCCCCAGCUGCGGAGACGAUCACAAGUUGCCGCAGUGCCAAUCCUACAAGGCACUGACAGUCAACCAGCGAUGGGACUUCGUGAAGGAGAGAGGUCUCUGCUUCAAAUGUGUCGCCUCGAAACAUCGACGCAUAGCAUGCAAGGCGCGGGUGUGCGGCGUGAACCAAUGUCGCCGUCCACAUCACGCUACGCUACACGAGGACCCGCCCGCCGCCGCAGCCGAACCGCAACCAUCGACGAGUGGCCCGGAAACAGUCAUGUCGGUGGCCACUACCGCCACUGGCCCGAGGACUGUCCUGCUGAAGGUCUGCCCAGUGAUCGUGAGCGGACCACGGGGGGAGGUCUCCACCUACGCCCUACUGGAUGAAGGCGCCACCGUCACUCUUAUUGACAACGAGCUGGCGGAGAGCAUCGGCGCAAGUGGACCCACACAGCCACUGAACCUGCGCGGUGUGAACAUGGCGCAACAAGAAGAGGAGAGCAGAUCAGUCGCGGUGCAACUCCGAGGCAAGAAUGAACACGCACCGUACGGAAUAAGGGCACGCACAGUGAAGAACCUUAUUCUACACCAGCAGACCAUCUCUAAGUCGCUACUGAGAAAAUACAAGCACCUACGCCUGGACAAGAACGAGAUGUGCUACGAGCUAGCACGCCCUAGAGUCCUAGUGGGGACAGACCACUGGGAAUUGAUCGUGUCCCGUGAACUUCGAGUUGGCGGCCCGAACGAACCCGCCGCAUCAAGAACGCAGCUUGGAUGGGUGGUACACGGAUCCGUACCACGCAACACCAUCAUACAACAAGGGAGCGUGCUGCAUGUCUACGAUGUAGAACGACACGGGGACACAACCGACCAGUACGACCGACGUCUCGAGCAACUCGUCGAGGCGCACUUCAAGAUUGACGCACUGGGUGUCAGUCACAAACCGCUCGUGGGCGUUGCCAAUCAGCGCGCUCGGGACAUCGUGCAGAAGACGAUGAAGAAGAUCGACGGGGCCUACGAGGUUGGACUUCCAUGGCGUCGUGACGACGUGACCAUGCCUCCAAGCUACGAUGCAGCCUUCCGACGUCUGAGAAGCAUCGAGAGGAAGAUGGACGCUUCACCCGACUUCGCCAAGCAGUACACGGCCCAAAUGGAAAACCUGCUGAACAAGGGCUACGCAGCACCAUGUGACGGUCAUGAACGAGCGAGCACCGUCAGUUGGUUCCUGCCACACUUUGCCGUGCAGAACCCCAAUAAACCAGGAAAACUACGCCUGGUUUUCGACGCCGCCGCACGCAGCCACGGUGUCUGCCUGAACGACGAGUUACUAGAGGGACCGGACCUGCUACUGUCACUGCAGGGGAUCGUAUUCCGGUUCAGAGAGAGACCAGUCGCCGUCACUGCGGACAUACAAGAGAUGUUCCUGCGUGUGAAGAUCCGCCCAGAAGACCAACCCGCCCAGCAGUUCUUGUGGAGGGGAAACGACCGGGAGAAUCCGCCUCGCUGCUUCAAGAUGACGAGCAUGAUCUUCGGCGCGGCCAGCUCACCCUUCAUGGCUCACAGCGUGCGAGACCACAACGCGCAUGCUCACGCGCACACUCACCCACGUGCGCUGGAGGCCAUCACACACAGUCACUACAUGGAUGACUUUGUGGCGAGCUAUGAAGACAUCGAGGAGGGCCGCCGAACCAUCAACGAGGUGAUAGAAGUCCACGCAGACGCCGGCUUCACUUUGCGCGGGUGGAACUCCAACUACGAGGGAGUCCUGGACGAAGUGCCCGUAGAGCUUCGAGCGACCCAACCAACGCAGCUCGGUGGAGAGGGCCACGCCGAGCACAAAAUACUUGGCCUCUACUGGAACGCAGGUCGAGACGAACUGGGGUUCAACACGUCGCUCAAUAGAGUACCGAACGAGGUGCGAACACGAAGCCGCGCGCCUACGAAGCGAGAAGCUCUCAGUGCGGUCAUGAGCAUAUACGACCCGCUGGGACUCCUGAGCCACUACACGAUCCGAGCGAAGAUCAUCCUUCAGGGCCUAUGGCGUCUUAAGUUGCCAUGGGACGAGCCGAUCCCGGAAGAAGAAGCCGGACAAUUUAUGAGCUGGUUGGCACAGCUGGAAGAGGUCGCCCGGCUACGACUACCACGAUGCUACGAGAUGAAGAACCAUCAGCGCAUCGAGCUACAUAUCUUCUGCGACGCCAGCGAGCAAGCAUACGCGACGGUGGCCUACUGGAGGAUAGUGCGCUGCGACGGAAGCAUCGGGGUCACUCUGGUUGGCGCCAAGUCAAAGGUGGCGCCGCAGCGAACACAAACGAUCCCGCGACUGGAACUACAAGCCGCCGUCAUCGGAGUGAGGUUGGCCGACACGCUGAAAAAGGAACACCGCAUCAAGAUCGACAGUGUCACCUACUGGACGGACUCAGCGACGGUGAUACACUGGGUGCGGAACGACGCUCGGCGCUACACCCCAUUCGUGGCGCACAGGCUGAGCGAGAUCGCAGAGCUCACCCAGAAGGACGAAUGGCGAUGGCUCCCCACUACACACAACGUAGCCGACGACGCCACAAGAUGUCAUGGGACUACAAUCAGCGUGAACGACCGCUGGUUUCAGGGGCCAGACUUCUUAUACGAGUCACCGGAACACUGGCCCGCUGAACAGUCAUCGCACAUCGAGGAGGAAGACGUCCUUCACACUGGGACACGCGAUGGACAGAAGGAGGACUGGCUACCUGACCCUGGUCGAUUCUCCAAAUAUGAAACACUGAUCAGAGCGGCGGCACGGGUACUGGCAUUCAUCGACAUGUGCCGCAAGAAGAAAAAGAACCUGGAAGUGGAGCACUUGGAACGCGCCGAACGAGCACUCCUGCAAAGAGCUCAGCAUGAGAGCUUUAGCGCUGAAGUAGAACGGACUCAAGCAGGGCGCUCCAUUCCAUGCGACGAAGCCGACCGACGAGCUUGGCGAGCAAGCCAGGCCCUCGCCGACCAUUUCUGGCAACGCUGGCUGAAGGAGUACCUGCCGACACUGGUACCUCGAGGCGAGCCUACGAACAACGACGCCGGGCUGAAAGAAGGAGACAUCGUAGUGGUAGUUGACCCGACACUGCCACGAAACGUCUGGCCAAUGGGGGAGGUGAUUCGGACCUUCAUCGGACCUGACGGCGGGAUACGAGUCGCCGACGUCAGAACCAGAACGGGAAUCUUCAGGAGACCAACGAGGAAGCUCGCCGUGCUGAUCAAGAAGGAGGCUUCGCAAGCUACGCCGGGGGGAGAGAUGUAG